AAUCUAACGUGGCAAAUUUUUCUCUGUGUUUCGAGAAGGUCGCUAUAUCCUGGACCUACCUGUAAAUCAAGAAUUACUAAUAUUUUGAUAUAAAUCUUCUGCUUAAGAGCCUCUUAUUAGUUGGUAUUCUUUUAGAACAACAAUGCCACUUGUUUUUACAUCUGUCUCCUCAGUAAGAGAUGAUAACGAUUCCUUCAAUAUUCACACACCGCAAGGAUUAAUUAGCUGUUUGUGAAAUGCUCUUGACUACAUUCCUAGAGCUGACUAAUAUAUCCUUGUGAUAAAGACAAGGGAAAAUGAAAGUGGUUUAUAAUAUUUCAAGAAUGAACUCUUACUUGUAAUAAUUUUUUUUACCAUUUUAUUAGGCCGUAUCAAUAAGUAAAUGCUAAAAAUGUUGGCUUGUUAACACAUACAAAAGUUAGAAAAUACAUAUAGUUCUGUUAGGUUCAGUCCCCUCGUGUUGUAUAAAACAUGUUACUCUUCAGUGCUUUUAUUAUUGUUUUUCGGGUUUUAUUUUUCCUCCCAGAAACUCAACAUCCUUUCACCAAUCUUGUGGUGUUCACAGCAAUUCUCUGAAGACCAAUGUGAGGUCAGCAGAAGUUAUUAAAAAAAAAAAAAUCUCUCACCUCACUGAUCCCCAGCUUCAUCCCUGCCUUGAGAAUGACAUGCACAAAACUCAAAAUAACUUCCUUCCUUCCUUCCUUCCUUCCUUCCUUCCUUCCUUCAAGGCAGGUGAAUACAUAGAUGACUAGUAGGACCUAGGGGAGUUCUCAAUUUGGGCUGAUGUGGGCCCCCCAGGGUACAUUUGGCAAUGUCUGGAGACAUUUCUGGUUAUUUCAACUCAGAGGGGAGGGGUUGCUAUUGGCAUCUCGUGGGUAGAGUUCAGGGAUGCUGCAAACAUCUGACAAUGCACAGAACAGCCCGCACAACAUAGAAUUAUCUGGCCCAAAAUGUCAAUAGUGCCAUGUUUGAGAAACCUGGAUAUAGGCAAAAGCCCUGAGCCAAGGGACAAGAGACAUCAGGUAUAUUUAUUUGUCUCUGCUUUUUAUAAGCUUAUCAGAAAAAGAAAGAAAAAAAAAUUACUUUGCAUUUUCAGAACGAACACGUUUUACAUAUCAUAAGGUUUUUUUAAACGGGGUUAAUAUUUGUAAUGCUAACAACACAGUUGUAGCAUGCAUGGACUUUUAAGAAAAAGAAGGAAAUCUGAAAAAAAUCAAUAAAAAGGGGGCGCCGGGUGGCUCAGUCUGUUGAGCGUCCAACUUCGGCUCAGGUCAUGAUGUUGCGGUUUGUGAGUUGGAGCCCUGCGUGGGGCUUUGCUGACAGCUCGGAGCCUGGAACCUGCUUUGGAUUCUGUGCCUCCCUCUCUCUCUGCCCUUCCCCGCCCUCUCAAAAAUGAAUAAACGGUAAAAAAAAUUUUUAAAAAGAAAGAAAUCUGGAAGGAAAGGGUUAAGAAGAAAAUCUUUUUUUUUUUUUUUAUGUCUCAAUAUUAUUACAAGUGCUAUCCUAUUACUUAUACCAUUAGUGACCAACAUGGAGAGGAAAAAGAAGCAGGGACAAAAGAAAAAGAACAAAAAAAGAUGAGGAAACGUGGUUAUUCAUUUAUUUAGUGAGACGUUUUACCUUUUCAUAAACUUAGGAACUGUCAUUUCAUUGAUCUCCCUCCUGAACUUGAAGCUCUCACAGGAGACAGCCUGCAGGGAGAAUAACUGGGAGAAGAAAAAACAAAGUAAAUGGAAGAAAAGACCCUCUGGAUAUGUGACUGUGAGUGUCUUCAUGGCGACCGCAACAGGAAGGAUUAGCAAACUGUUGUCCCACCUUUUCCAGAUUUUUCCUGAUGGCGGAAACCUUAGCUGAGAUGCCAUGCGGGGUAUGUAGGCCCAGUGUUAUUGAAGGAUCCUGCUGCUUCUGUCCUUAUUUAUACUUGCUAACUUGCUAAGUGGUUCCUGGCAAAUCACUUAACCUCCCUGAAGCGAGACCGUGCUUCACUUCAUUUGCUUUCUGUAAUUCCAGGAGAAUGGUGAGAAUCAGCGAGCACUCUGAAUUCAGAGGGAGAUGUUAAUCUCUGUGGCUCUGGGCCAGGUGUUAUCCCUUCUUAUUUGUGGAAUUGGCUUGACCAGCAAGUACCUGUCAGAAGAUUUCCAUGCCAAUACACCAGUCUUCCAGAGUUUCCUCAAUUACAUCCUUCUUUUCUUGGUCUAUACCACCACACUAGCCGUCAGACAAGGAGAAGAAAACCUCCUGGCAAUUUUACGACGAAGGUGGUGGAAGUAUAUGAUCCUGGGACUCAUCGACCUGGAAGCAAAUUACCUGGUGGUCAAGGCCUACCAGUACACGACUCUGACCAGCAUCCAGCUCUUGGACUGUUUUGUGAUCCCGGUGGUGAUUUUGCUCUCCUGGUUCUUCCUGCUGAUCCGGUACAAGGCUGUGCAUUUCCUCGGCAUCUUUGUCUGCAUCCUGGGAAUGGGCUGCAUGGCAGGAGCGGAUGUGCUUGUGGGAAGGCAUCAGGGAGCAGGGGAAAAUAAGCUGGUAGGGGAUCUUCUGGUCCUAGGAGGGGCCACACUGUACGGUAUUUCUAACGUCUGGGAAGAAUACAUCAUCCGAACCCUGAGCCGAGUGGAAUUUCUGGGAAUGAUUGGACUCUUCGGGGCAUUUUUCAGUGGAAUUCAAUUAGCUAUAAUGGAGCACAAGGAGCUGUUAAAGGUGCCCUGGGACUGGCAAAUAGGACUGCUCUACGUUGGCUUUAGCGCCUGCAUGUUCGGUCUCUAUAGCUUCAUGCCGGUCGUCAUAAAGAAAACCAGUGCCACCUCCGUCAACCUCUCCCUGCUCACGGCAGAUUUGUACAGUCUGUUCUGCGGAUUGUUUCUCUUCCACUACAAGUUUUCAGGACUGUAUCUCCUGUCCUUCUUCACCAUCCUCAUCGGGCUGGUGCUCUACUCCUCCACCUCCACGUACAUAGCCCAGGACCCCCGAGUGUACAAGCAGUUCCGCAAUCCCUCGGGACCCGUUGUGGACUUACCAACCACAGCUCAGGUGGAGCCUUCGGUCACCUACACCAGCCUGGGCCAGGAGACCGAAGAGGAGCCCCACGUUCGCGUGGCCUAGGAUGCGGCCCUCCCUGCCCCCUGCGGUCAACUCAGCGGCCGUGUGUUCGCCCUCCAUCUCUGUAUUGUACAUAGAGAAAGGUAUUUAUUAGGUGCGGUUUACACAGGUGGACUGCAAGGUAGCAAAUCCGAAAGCCUAUAAAAGGCACGAGCUGAAGAUCACCGCAGAUACGGGCUCCCAUCCACCUGACUUAGAGAGAUGCCUAGCUAGUGUGUAUCCCGACCACAACCCUCCUGCAUUAAUUACUGUGAAAACUUUUGAAUUAAAAGCAAGUAUUAUUAUUAUUUGUAUUAUUAUUGUUACUGUUAUUACACUAACUUUCAGGAGACUGUUUUGUACUCCUGAUGAGAACUAUUGCCAGACCCACAUGUAGUUAACAUAAAUCCCACUUUUCUAUGGCAAGUCACUUUUUAAGAAUCAUACUUUAUUUUUUUGCACAGUCUAUAUGAGUGCUGCAUGCCACAGGAGCUCCAUCCCUGAGAAGUUUCCUUAUCCUAGGGACCUGGUGGCUAAUGGUUUCCUCUGUUACCUGUUGGAUUGCCUGCUCAAUAAGUAUUUUGUGCUGUGACCAUUGUGGGGAGGGGCAACUGACCAUAUAAUUCUCUAUUCUAGGAAUAGAUAUAAAGCCAACACUUUAGCCUUUUUAUAUUUCACUCUCUGACUACUCCAGGCCAUUGCCUUUCUGUUGUGCCACGUGAUUCUGCUGAUAAAGUCGCUGUAAUAACUGGAUGAGGAAUGUUUCAUUCCUGUGGCUUAUAGGAAACCCCAGAAAUAAUAUCAUAUGUGUUUAGGGUAAUAUAUAUACAUCUAUGUAUUUUAAAUCUUUCUGCCCCUUCCUAUAUCCUCUCUUCCAAAAGUGUAUUGAUUUUACCUUUAAUUCCUAGAUUUCUUGAGUGAUAAUAUGGAAAUUGUUCAAGGCAGUGGAAAAAGCCAUGGCCCUCUGCCCUCUUCAUUGGGUGAGACACUUUUUAAAAUACACCAGCGUGGAAAUUACCCUUAUCGUGGCAUAUCACUGGUUGUGUAGCCUCCCAACAAGGUCAAGGUGCUGAUGUGGAACAGUCUCUGACAAUAGCUUGACUGAUUUCACCAUUUAGUAGUGAUAAAGAUGUCGUGAAUGAAAAAGUUUGGCAAUUGGGUCGUGUUUGGCAUCCCUUCAAUAGCAGAAUAUAGCAACGCCAUAUUCUUAAGGAUACAGAGAAUAUUGCAAGGUCCUGAUAAGGCUUUGAAGCAUAUGUCACUAAGUCUAAUUUUGUUGCCCUGAAAGUAGCUCUUUUUUUCAAACACACAAAAAAAUCAAGAAACACUACAGACCUCUUCAAUUUGGAAUAGAUCCUAUGUGUCAGUACGUGAAACAGUCUUUAAGUUUGGCUGGCUUCAAUACCAUUCAAAAAGAUCCGCGAUGGGGUACAGGGUUUGUAAAAGGAAAAUAAAUGCUGAUGAAAUUGUGGGCAAUUCAGACCAAUACAUUUUAGGCAAACAAAGUAAAACACCAGAGGGGUCCCUGUAAAGGAGGACGGAUUACAGCGCAGUCAGGUUUCCAAUACACCCUGCACGAGGCCUAACUACUAGGCAGGCAAACGCGCCCCCUGCUGGCAGUCAGCGCCAGGCGGCUCCUCUGCCUGCCUUCAACCCCCGGGGGUGUAGUCCUGCCCUUGGAGAUGGGGAAGAAGAAUGAUCUCCUCGGAUAUGCAGAUUUUAUGGCCAUCUCUGUUCAGCCCCCUCAGAAAUACGUUUUAUUUUCGGAGAAGAAAAUAUCAAUGUUAAAGCUACAUCAAGUCAAAACACCUUGCCAAUAUCUGCUCUCUGCUACCUUCUAAACCAAUUAAAUACCUUUCUCUGAAUAUUUUGUCCAUUCAGAUCUGAAGACCUUUGAAGACUGUGGUUUUAUUUUUGUGUUUACAUUCCUUUGGUUGGCAUAAUUUGCUUGACUUAUUGCAUUUUUAGUAUUUAUUUUAAAGCCAAAUGUUUUAGUCUUUUUUAUUCAUUUUUUAUGACACUAAUUCAUAAACACUUAGUAAAGUCUUAUGAGAAAUAAGUGGAUGAAGAUAUUCCAAGUCAACUCAGUCGACUGGGAAUUUUUUAAAAAUUUAAAUUUCAGAAAGGUUUGCAACCAAUGGAUGGCUAAAAGUAGCCAUCUGGAUUAUUUUCUAGGAUAUUUCAAUUGGCUCCAUUGUAUGGAAACCAAGUGUGAAUGUUGAGGUGGACUCACUGUAUACCCUUUUAUCAUCCAGUGUCCUUGUGCACAAGACUUUCAUGUCACUGGGGUCCUUCACCGUGUUGGUUCGUCCCCAUUUAGAAAGGCUGAUAACACGUCGAACCAUCCGAGAUCAGGAGUUCCAGAUGGGCCCUUCGGAAAACAAAAGAAAAUAGCCAAGAACAAAUGUGACAACACCGGUCGGUCCUUCCGGAGUGCGUCGGGACGCGAGAGUAGGACAUUAACUCUAGUUGUUUUCGUUUCCGAAAUAUCAUAACCUCAGUAGACACCAGCAAAAAUCUCAGCUUUCUGACCCCACCGCCACUCUCUCCUCCACAAGUGAGACUUUAGCAACUUGUAUAGAAUUGGCUUGGGUAAGCAGACCACAGCUCCCCGUUACCCCGCUGGCGCUAGUGGUGAGUGCUGGUUCUCACUUCCUCCCCGGAAACUUGCACUGAGGACAGCGCUUGCCUUGGUCACACCUUCCCACAGCUCCAAACUCUGGACCACACAACCAGGUAGACCAAGCAAUGGAAACAUUUGCACCACUGUGUCCCAUGAAAAUGUUUCGAUGUUUAGUUUAGAUAUUGCUAACUCGUGCUAUUAACCUUUUGACAAACGUGUAGUAUUGUUUGUUUUGGGUUUGUUUUUGAGUUAUAACCAGUUAGUAGUCCCCGGCUAGCUCCCAGUACAGAUUUUACCCCAUGGGUAGGAUUCUAUUGUCAAGCCACAUAACAAAGCACACUAAUCCAGACACUGCAAAUGGAAAAUAUGAACCAAAAAGGAAAUUUACACCGAGAAGUUGAACAAACUUUCCAUUUUUGAUAUUUGCAUGCUCCCCUAUGGACUGGCUGUGGCAAUGUAAUGCCUGUAUAAUGUUUUCAAAUAAAAAUAAAUGCUUUAUGAAAGCACGGA